CUGGUUUCAAAUCAAAACACGUGCGAGCAACGAACAAACGUGUUGCGAGUUGGACAACAAUUUAAAAACGCUAUUAAACUAUGGAAGCUGUGCAGCCAGAGGCUGUGCCGGCCGAGAGUGUGGUCAACACAGCCGCUGUGCAGACGGAGACCACGCCUCCAACAGUUGAAGUAGAUGGAGCUAUCAGUGAGCCUGUUAUGGAAGACGCUGUUGCAAUGGAAAAAGAGGCAACACCAGCUGAUACAACAAGUAAAGCAGAAAGUGAAGCUGUUGUGGUUGCUGAGUCAGAACAGAUUUCUGAGUCAGAUGAACAGCCUGCAAACAGAGCACAGUCAACAUCUGAAGUCACAGAGACCAAGCUUGUUACUGAGCCAAUGUGCACUGAUCCACAACUCGAAAUAGACGCACAAUUAAUUGAGACAGCAACUGAAAUAGAAUGCGAGACGACAGUGGACGCAACUCCUUCGGCAUCAGCAGUGGAAGAAACAACACCAUCGACAACUCAAGAAGCUGUGCCACCAGUAGCAUCAACUAUUGCAGCCACUGGAACUGCGGCAAACCCAUCAAACAGUCUAAGUUUGCUUGCCGCCUACAGCUCUGAUGUGGAUUCAGAUACGCAAGGAGCAGCCGAUGCAGAGGACAGUGACAACGAUGAUGUAGUUGAAGUGCCUGUCACAAAUACAGAGAUCAGGACUACCACAGGCCGGCGACAAGUGGUUGCCGUGAGCUCAGGCAGCGACAGCAGCAGCGAUUCGGAUUCGGACUCUGAGGGCGAGUAUCUGACAGCGCUGCGCCAGAAGAUAGACAAGAGAAUUAACACCGAGGAAUGCGAUGAAGAUGAUGAUGAUUUGGACGAUGAUGCCCGACCACGUCGUCGUCAGCCGCCUAAAGUACGUGGUGAGAUGCUGCUGGAUGAAUUGCCGCCCAUAGAUCAACUGGAGAUUACAGUGCCGGAGGAUGAGUGCAUAGAGUUGGGCAAAGUGCAUUCGAUUGUGGAUCAACUGGUGCUUGUAAGUGUGCUGCCCAAUUCCAUGCUGUUCGAUCUGGACACGGUGCUGUUCCUCGAGAAGGGGCGCAAAGUGCUUGGCCAGGUAUUCGAUGUGCUCGGCCAGGUGGCUGAUCCCCUCUAUUGUGUGCGCUUCAACAGCAAUCAACAGAUCAAGGAUCGCGGCAUCAACAUUGGCGACAUUGUCUACUGUGCUCCACAAACCGAGCACACACAGUUUGUCAUUCUGUCCAAGCUGAUGCAGGUGCGUGGCUCAGAUGCAUCUUGGGAGAAUGAUGUGGAGCCGCCGGCCAAAUUCAUUGAUUACUCGGAUGAUGAGGCAGAGCGUGAAGCACGCUGGGAGCAGCGCAAGAAGCGUCAGCGGGAGCGCACCAAUUCCACGGAUUCUGUGGACACAGUUUCCACGGUUGCCACCGAAGUUUCGGAGGCGGCGGCGCCAUCAAGACAACGAGGUCGCCGUGCCCAACGGGACAACAGACAGUCAAAUAAUUAUCAAAAUGGUAACCAGCAACAACAAAACCAUUCGCAAUCUCGUUCACAAUCACGUGAUUCCGAAUACAACUAUCAUCCCAGCUAUAAUCCUGGUAGCUGGCACUCAAAUUACUAUCACAACUUUCAUCCGCCGGUGGCCAACUUUAAUAUGAUGCCGGGCAUGGCAUUUCCAAUGCCCACACAUGGCUAUGGUUAUGGGAUGCCACCACCACCGCAUCCUUAUGCCAUGCCACCACCACACAUGGGCAUGCCACCACCACCACCACCACACAUGUACCCGCCACAGCAUCCAGCCUAUGGAGCACCACCACCUCCCUCACAAUCACAACAACAUCCGCCAAAUUCUGGCAGUUAGUUUAGUUUCUCAACGCGACUUUGACUUUAUUCCAAUAAAAAAAUUAUUAAACAAUUUGUA